CAUUACAGGCCAUUGGGCCUGUUUACCAUGAAUAGUUAAAGAUCAAUUAAUUGCCAAAUUCAUUAACCUAUUAAGGUUCACCAUGGAUACCCUUGAUCUUCUCCACAUAGAUUGAUCAGACUAGGGUUGCAACCUAGUGAACCUUAAGAAAGUCCAUCAGACUCCUGUCUCUUUGACCCUAUGGCUACUUUAAUUUUGCAGUCAAUAGCAUCAGACAGGAUUAUGAAAAUUCCAGUGUGUUGGUACUACCCACACCUCCAAAAAAACCCUGUUUGUUUUUUUUUCUUCCAGGUUUUUUUAUUUUUUGAACUUCUGUGUCACUCUGAAGUAUUUACAUGGGCAUAACUUAUAUUGGAAAGGUUUUUAAUACUAGAAACAUUAGCUUCUGAUGCCAGACUCUGACUGAAUCUUUAAGUACUCUGAAAAGUUGAGAGAAGUAACAAGAACAUCAAGGUUCUUUUGCCCAUGAGAAAGCAAUAAAAAGCUUAUAGAAAUGCCUAGAGGGGCAGAGGAAUGGGUGGAGACACUGGUGAUUGGAGACAAGUGUGUAGGUAGUGUGCAGAAUCAACAGCCAUUGGGUGUUGAAGAGGGGGAAGCAUUAGGAGUUAUGAGCAAUUAGUAGGGAUUCAUUUACUAAACUCUAUGAACAGCUGGAAAGGGGGCAGGGCCCCUGAUGAUGUAAUUUUUUUUUUUUUUUUGAAGCUGGCUGGUAUCUAAUUUUUCAGUCUUCACAGUGUUAAAUUAGAAUGAAAAAUAACUACCUAAGUGGAGCAGAUGUGAAAGCUGCUGAUCAAUCCUGCAAACAGAUGAUUAGUCAUUACCAAACAUUAUGAUUUUUGCACUUCUAAAACUGAAGAAAGUGGCAACAAAUAAACAAUUAAAUGGAUUGAAGUAAUUAAACAUUUUUUCCUCCUCUUGGCUUUGGUCUUUUUGGCUAGCUUCUUUUCUUUAGUGGGACAUCCCAGGAGGAGAAUAGAGAGGAGUCUGGAUUUAUUAUAAAUGAGAACUUUUUGACUUCAUUCAGCUAUUAAGAUGUUUGAGGAAUAACUUAUGUGAGUUACUUUAUGUGGAUGCUCAUAUGUCCUUUACAGGCAACUUCCUUUAUUUUUAAUGAUUACAGAUAGGAAAUUUACUUGAGCAAAAAUAACUGUAAAUUAAUUGUUUUUUUUUGAAUGGGGUAGAUUAAAAAGACAGAGCCCUGAGCUAACUUUUAUUAGAGAAUUCUCACCUCCUAAAAACAGAUAUAGGAUAGGGUGGCUGACCCCUGUGAUUAAAGCAGGUCUGGCUCCUUGCACUGGAGCAAUUGCUCCCAUUUGGCUAAUUAAGAAGGCAGAGCAGCACCUGGGGGGUAUGAAAGGUCAGGGAAUGACCCCAUGAGACAGAGACCCAGUGACUCAGUCCCCUGUGUGGGUAUCAGGGGAAGAUGAGAGCUGCUAGAGCUCAGGGGACAAUGGAAGGUCCUGGAAGGAAGUAGAAAGUGUUUACUGGGGGAAAGGCUGAAUUCAAAGAGAACAGCAAGACAGCUAGGGCCGGAGGACUCGAGAGUACUGAAGGCAGGAGGAGCAGCAGCAGAAGAUGCCUGCUGGCUCUGAGCUGGAGCCAAAGGCCACAGAGGGCUGAAAGCAUGGGAGCAGCAGAGGGCUGGGAUGACUUACCUGCACUGUCUCUGUCCUAUAGAGCUGGACAUAGAGGACCCAGGAGAGGGCCAGGGGAAGUGAAGCAUGCUCCCCUUAUAAAGAUGACCACCCAGCAGAGAGACUGUAGGGAUUCCUAUUGAGAAAAGGGGGGUUGCAUUCCAAAUUCCAGUAUGACAUCAGGAGCUGCUUCCCCCACAUUUUGCACAGGAGGAGAAAGGAGAGCAAAAGGGAGAAGAUAAUGAUGUGGAAGUGUUCCCGAACUGACAUGGAUCAACCCAAACUUCAUUACCAGGCAAAAAUAAUCAACUGAUCAGGCAUACAUGAACAACAUUACCAAGAAGACUCCCUCACAUAAAUGAAUCCUAUAGCUAUCCUCUAAUCCUACUUUUCCCGCUGGAGGAGGAGUAGGCAAACAACAUGAAGCAAAACUUGGCAUCAUCAGUUAGAUUUAUUUUGCUGCUUUUUCUGAACAUAGAGUGUUUGAAUGAGCAAUCAGCUCCUGGAAAGCCUGAAGUUUUGAAGUGUCUUUCUCCAGAAAUGGAAACCUUUACUUGCUGGUGGAAGCCUGGCUCAGAUGGAGGACUUCCUACCAACUACACUCUGCUCUACAAUAAGGAAGGAAAAGAACAAAUUUAUGAAUGUCCAGAUUACAGAACUGCAGGUCCCAAUUCCUGUUACUUUGACAAAAAGCACACCAAUCUCUGGACAUCUUAUAACAUUUCUGUAAAGGCAACUAAUAAGAUGGGAAGUAACAUCUCUAACCCUCACUAUGUGGACGUGACUUCCAUAGUUCAGCCGGAUCCUCCUGUAAACCUGUCUCUACAAGUAAUACAAUCAGCUGGGAUAUUGUAUCUUUGGGCAAAGUGGUCUCCUCCUGCAUUGGUUGAUGUCAGAUCUGGUUGGCUUAUACUUCAUUAUGAAUUACGACUAAAGUCUGAAGAAAGGGAAGAGUGGGAGACUAUUUUUGUUGGACAGCAAGCACAUUAUAAGGCGUUUAAAUUACAUCCGGGAUUGAAAUACAUUGUACAGGUUCACUGCAUGCUAGACCAUGGAGAAUGGAGUGAAUGGAGCUCAGAAAGUUACAUUCAGAUCCCCAAUGGGCAGCCCCCUGGAAAGCCUGAGCUACUGAGGUGUCGUUCUCCAGAAAAGGAAACUUUUACUUGCUGGUGGAAUCCCGGCUCAGAUGGAGGACUUCCCACCAACUACACUCUGUUCUACAGCAAAGAGGGAGACAAAUCAAUCAAUGAAUGUCCAGAUUACAGAACUGCAGGCCCCAAUUCCUGUUACUUUGAUAAAAAGCACACCUCACUUUGGGCAAUCUAUAAUAUCACCAUAAAGGCAACCAAUAAGAUGGGCAGUAACAUCUCUGAGCCUCAAUAUGUGGAUGUGACUUACAUAGUUCAGCCAGACCCUCCUGUGAACCUGUCUCUAGAAGUAAAAAAACAAGUAGAUGGAAAACCAUAUCUGUUGUUGAAAUGGUAUCCACCUCCACUGGCUGAUGUCAAAUCUGGAUGGCUUACUCUUGAAUAUAAGUUGCGACUAAAACCUGAAGAAGGGGAAGAAUGGGAGACAAUUUUUGUUGGACAACAAACACAAUACAAGUUGUUUAGUUUAAAUCCAGGAAAGAAAUACAUUGCACAGGUACACUGCAAACCGGACCAUGGAGAAUGGAGUGAAUGGAGCUCAGAAAGUUAUAUUCAAAUCCCCAGUGACAUAGAAUUGAAGGAUGUGAUUGUCUGGAUCUUCGUGGCUGUAUUAUCGUCUGUCAUUUGCUUAAUCAUUAUCUGGACGAUGGCUUUGAAAGGCUUUAGUAUGGUAACCUGCAUCUUACCACCAGUCCCAGGGCCCAAGAUAAAGGGACUUGAUACACAUCUGCUAGAGACAGGGAGGUCCGAUGAGUUUUUGAGCGCUCUGGGUUGCCAAGACUUCCCUCCAACAUCAGACUGUGAGGACCUACUGGUAGAAUUUCUGGAGGUAGAUGACAGUGAGGAUCAGCAACUGAUGCCAAGUCAUGAAAAAAGUCAUCCCAGUAAAAAUAUGAAGUUAGCACACAAGGAAACAGACAAUGACUCAGGGAGAGGGAGCUGUGACAGCCCUUUCCUGCUCUCUGAGAGGAGCAGGGAGCCCAGAAUUCCUCCAUCAGCAUUUCAAACACCAGAUAUCAGUGAAAUUCCAGAAAAUAAUGCAAGAAAAAGCAGCUGCAGAAUUCAGAGCACAGACCUGAAAGAGAUUAUACCUUAUUUUAGCAUUGGUGGUGCAAAGUUAUCUACAGGGCCUGGAGCUCAGCUACCUAACAACCAGACUCCUAAAUGCUCCUACCACAACAUUACGGAUGUUUGUAAGAUAGCCAUUGGCACCAUGAAUGUGAAUGUUGCAUCAGUCUUGGGGGGAAAUGAAGAAAAACAGUCACAAUAUUCUAAACCCACUGAAACUAUCAGUGAGGAAAAACUGGACAAGCAAGGAGAAGUGGAGAGCUUGCACUCCAGAGUUAACCAAGACAGAAUGCAAUUGCUGCCCAAUGAGAAGUCACCUUUUUUGUCUGUGAAACUAAUGGAUUAUGUAGAAAUUCACAAAGUCAACCAAGAUGGGGCGUUAGCUGUAUUACCGAAACAGAAAGAAAAUAGUGGCAAACCUGAAAACUGUACUGUCCCUGGAACCAGCAAGGAAUAUGCAAAGGUCUCAAGAGUUGUGGACAACAGCAUUCUAGUAAUAAUACCAGUUUCAAGAGUUCAGACCACACCUAUGUUUCAAGAACCUCCGAAGGAAUCUGUUCAGAACCUUCAACAGAGUCAAACAGAGAAAAAUAUGAGCCAUUGUUUUACAGCUCCAAGUGAAUGCAAAAUAGACACUGGUGGAUUAGAUUACCUGGAUCCAACUUCCUUUAUGUGCUCCUUUAAUUAACUGAAAGUUUGAUUAUCCUUCUUCAGGUAACACUACAGAGUAAAUUAAAUGCAAUUAAAAUGGAAUGUUCUACCAUGUGGAUUACAUAGAAUUACACUACUAAAGCUCAGUUGUAGCUCACACCUUUCUAUGUUUUCUACUAGCUGAUUGCAGAACAAAUUAUUUCAUUUUCUAAUUGUGAUUUAUAGAUUUUCUUUUGUUAAUAGUUAUGUACAGUAAGCACAUGGCAUGGUUUCUUGGAAAAUCCGUACAAAUUGGGGUAUAAUAAAGAGAAAAAAGGGAUUUGUAGGUUGAUGUAAUAGAAUAAAUAAACCUCAGAUCAUUAAAAUAGGUUUUCAAUUUAGGGACAAAGGACAAAGAAGUGGAUAUUUUGUGCCAUGGAAAACUACAUUGUAAACAAAUUAUUGAACUUUGCAUUUCUUCUAUUAUUUGAUGAAAACUAGCCAAAUAUUGCAGGUUCAACAAAGAUACAAAGUUUGGGGAGGUCGGUCAGUAUACCAUGAGUAAGGCUAAGAUUUUGUCACGGAUAUUUUUAGUAAAAGUCAUGGACAGGUCACGGGCAAUAAAGAAAAAUUCACAGAAGCCCGUGACCUGUCCAUGACUUUUACUAAAAAUGUCCAUGGCAAAAUGGGGAGCUGCGGAGUCCCCACACCACCCACAUGGCUGGGCAGCUCAGAGCUCCAGGGGCCCCUACCACCCAUGGGGGCUCGGAGCUCCAAGGUCCCCCACUGCCUGCAGUGGAUCAGAGCUCCCAGGGGCCGCAAGCUGCGGGGUACCUCCACCACCCUCGGGGGGCAGAGGGACCCUGCAACUCCCAGCCGCUGUGGGCUGAAGUCACAGAGGUCUCUGGAAGUCCAGGAUUCCGUGACUUGCGCAACCUCCGUGACAAAAUCAUAGCCUUACCCAUGAUUGUUCAUACAGUUCCUAGACCAUGUAUACUGCUGAUGAACUACUAUGGCAUACAGUGUAUUUUUUCUUAAUGAAUUCUAAACACUGGUAUAGGUUUUUCUAUUAUAUAUUUUUUUCAAGCCUAAAAAAAAAAAGUUAGUUUUUUGGAUGUUGACGAUUUCAUAUAUAAAAGAUAAUACUGUAUGUUAAAGUAAUAGUAGCAAAGCAGUAAAUCAUUCUCAACAUAUUUUCCUGCUUCCUUUCAGUAUGAUGAAUAAACUACAUCCCACCCAUCUCUUAGCCAAAUAGAACUAAACAAUGUUCACUCUUAUUGAAAGAAAAGAACACUAUUUGAUAGACUGCCUUAUUGUACAUAAUAUAAAAAUCUACUUUAGUAAAAGCCCAUGAGUUCAACAAUGUAUUUUUGAAGACUAUUUUUCUAAAGUAAAAAUAAAAUAUUUUCUAACUUCCCAGAACUAUUUACCUACCUGACAACUUCACUGAUUUUUUCUGCUAAUGCAGGAAGAGGUGAUAAGAAGUGAAGCUAUCAUUUCAAUAGUGAAACACCAAAAUAACUAAAGGAGACUUGUAGAAUAAUGAAGGAUAUGAAGUAACUUUUGAAUAUAUAUUUCUAAUCGACUGUAGAUGUAAUACAAUGAAUUGAGAAUUAGUUAGUCCAUUUAUUUUAUCAACUAUUCCUGUAAAACUAAGUGGAAUGUUAGGUUUUGGGGGCUCUGUCCCUCCCUAAAUUGCUGUCUUCCUGCUGGCCUGUGGACUGUUCCAUACAAGUAACUGUUCCAUACAAGUAAUCCGCAAUGGAAUGACAUCCCCCUACAUCCUAACACAAAAGAUAGGCUUUUACCUGAGCCAGGGAGGACAUUUUAAAGAAGUUACGUUUGCCAAAAUGGAUGUCUCCCUGUCCAAGCUCAAUAGGAUGAAGAGCCAUGACCCCUGACGUCAAAGAGCCUCUACUCUGCUAAAAUUAAGAAGGAGGAGGGGUCAUACAUUUGAUCUGGGGCAAUUCCGCCCCUAAUGAAAAUGGAGCAAUAGAGCCUUCUGCCAUUGCUAGUAACUGAGGCUGGCAGGAAGCAGCCCAGUCACCCCAAAAUGACAACUGGAAAUAAUGGCACUCCUUUUUUGGCCCUCUGCCCCCGCCGCAAGAAAAGCUUUAUUUUCUAAAGGAAAAUACAGUCAAAUGAUGAUGUAUUUGUCUCCCUUGCAAUUGGGCUAAGUACAGAAUAUACUUAGCUAAGUAACAUCUAUAGAUAUAGUGGUCCAAUGAGAUGGGGAAGAAGGUCAGGCUGAGGAUAGCGCAUUGUGUUGUGCAAGUGAUGGGAAAUAUAUUUACAGGACAUGCACACACCUUCCCCAUCCCACCCCUUCCCCUCAACAGUUCUGGAGUUUUCCAGUAGGCACCUUUUUGGGCUUGUGCACUGAGCCAGCUGCUUAGCCAACAUACAGAAGGCCACAUCUAACAGAGCCCACACAUACUACCUUCGGGCCAAAGGAAAGCCCCUCUCUGUUCAUCUGUCCACUUAACUCUGACACAGUAAGACUUUGGAGAGGCAUUAAUUGUAAAAAGAACACAAUGUUAUGUAGAUAUCAGAUACACUGUGUGUGUCUGUCUCUGUCUGUCUGUCUGUCUACACAGUGAUCACCCUUAAACCAGUUUACUUUGUUGUGGAUAACUAGAUAACUUUACUGCAGUGUUUGCAGUAUUUUCUCUACAUUGUAUAGGGAAUGCCAUGAUUAUUGCAGUGAAAUUAUCUAGUUAUCAAAAAGAAAAAUUGAAUGUUUUUUUUGGGGGAGCGGGAAGGAUGCACACUCGGUUAAUACACAAUGACCAUAUCUGUCUCUCUGUUUGAAAGUUCUUUAUCUGGACUUCAGUUUCCUAACUGUGGAUCUGGUACAGUCAGUACUGAUCAGACACUCUCCUUUUGUUAUUACUGAUAGUCAUACCUAAGCCCCCAAAAAAUUAUUAAGUAUAUUAGGGCCAGAUUCUCAGGCUCACUCUAGGCCCUAUGUGUCUUAUAGUAAAAAGGCAGGUUGCUCAGCCUGUAGAUUCCCCUUACAUAGGGGAAAUCUCUGGAGUAACAUAAAGUUAGAUAGCAUAGGGGAUACAGCCAGGGGAAAAGUGAUGUGUCCGGACACAAUGACUUCUUAGGACUAGAGGCAAGCAGUCACAACUUAGAGCAAUCUUUAGCCUUCUCGAAAUUUCAUUAUGAGUUCAGUCAGUCCGUAUCCCAAGGAUCAGGAUUUUAUACCCACUGCUCACCUCUGUUUCUGUACUGUGCAUUGCCUGGCUGGACCAGAGAAUCUGGAUCAUUAUGAUUUUCUGGGCUAGGUCCAUUCUAGUUCCAACAUCCCACUGUUAAUUUGAAGAACUUGAGAUAAGGCAUUAAGAUACGUAUUUUCAGAAACUUGACACGUGCAAACUCCAAAUUGCCAUGAGGAGAAAAUGGGCAUUUUUGCCUAUAAAUACAGCUUUGUACACACAUAAAAUGGAGGCCCUUUUGAACAUUUGGUCUAAAAUAUUUGUUGUGAUGCAAACAAGGUACCCAAUCUCUCUCUCUCUCUCUCUGUGUGGGAGAUCUCAUAUACAGAUAAACAGACCCAAUGGCCCAAACCCAAAGGGAGCAGACGGACCAUGACUGCUAUUCCAUACAUCAGUUGGCAGAGCAGCUGUGGAAGGGCUGCAGUGCUGCCUAAAGCAAGUCCAAGGACAUAAAUUCUAUCCUGCUUCCCCCCAGCUCACGACACCAGAUCACUGUGGCUUUCUUCAAAGAGGUUAAAUUUCAGCUUACCUGAAUAAGCACUCUCCCUGGCUGGUUUGAAGCAGCUAGAGUGUAAUUCAGUCUAAAUACAUCUCUUGAGUGAAUUUUUCGAGUUUCCUUUUUUUGAGGAGGCGAGCGGGGGAGAUGUUAGAUAAUUAUAUGCAAAUGAUUUUCCAAAUGAACACCCUUAUUUAAAUUCUCAAUUCCAUGUAUGUGUGCAUAUAUACACACAUUUAAGUAGCAAUUUGAUUUUAAAUAAUAAUUCUUCUUCUCUGGAUGUGUACCUUCCAAGAGCCAAUGGAGUUGUGCAGAACAUCACCCUCGAAUUUGAUCCGUUGACAUUUGGAAAGUACAUGUGCACAUGAAGUUGAGAAUAAAAAAAUAUUCUUCAGUCUGAUACUCAUAUAUUUAUGGCUCUUUGGAUGUUCAGUCAUUUAAUCUUCAUAAUUUCAAAUAAGAUUUUUAUUUACAGCUGUUUAAGGAAUAUGUUCUCAUGUGGGAAUAAAAUGAGAUUAUGUUACAGGCAGUGGUGAGCUGGAGCCGGUUCACACCGGUUCACUGGAACUGGUUGUUAAAUUUAGAAGCCCUUUUAGAACCAGAGGGGAGCUGGGGCGGGGGGGCACAGCAGGUAACCCGGGAGGCGCGCAGGGGAACCGCUCCCCACCCCACCUCACCUCUGCCUCCCUGGGCCUGAGCGCGAAGCUGCCGCCUGCUUCUCAGCCCUCCCAGGCUUCCCAUGCAAACAACUGAUUCGCAGGAAUCCGGGGGGCGGAGAAGCAGAGCAGGGCGGCGCGUUCAGGGGAGGAGGCGGAGCAGAGGUGAGAUGAGCCAGGGCUGGGCGUGGGGCGGGGAGCUGCCGGUGGGUGCUCUGCACCCACCAAAUUUUCCCCAUGGGUGCUCCAGCCCCAGAGCACCCACGGAGUCAGCACCUAAGGCGCCACUUUUGAUAUGAUCAGUGGGGGGAGCGGCCGCUCCCUCUGUUCCCCCCUACCUAUGCUCCCCCGCCCCUAGGAGCCAGGGGGACUGCCGGAUGCUUCCUGGGAGCUGCCCCAGGUAAGCACCGCCAGGACUCCCCACCUCGACCCCCUGGCAGGUCCCUCUGGCUCUUAGGGGUGGGUUGGGCACCCACUGCGGUGGCCCACAAGACCCUCCUGCCUGGUUCUGGGGGCAGUCAGGGGACAGGGGAGGGGGAUGGAUGGGGCAGGGGUCCCGGGGGGGUGGCGUCAAGAUACGCGGGGGAUUGGAUGGGGCAGGAGUCCUGGAGGGCGGGGGUGGGCAACGACCCCCUCGUGGGGUGAGGAGGGAACCGGCUGUUAAGAUUUUGGCAGCUCAUCACUGGUUACAGGUACCUAUAAAUCAGGUUUCUGCAAAGGCACCUUACGCUAGCCUAGAAUAAGACUUCUCACAUCACCUCUGAUAGACAGACAGAUGGAUGAAUUACCUACUAGAAUUCUUCCCAAUAAAUAGCCCUCCAGCAGUUGCUUUGCUAUUCAGAUCUCUCUCUUGGAAAGAUGUUCAAAUAGGCUCCACGCUUUUUCUAUGUCAAGUUUGUGAAUAUGUUAGAUCAAUAGUGCAUUACUUUUUAAAUAAAGUAUAAGCUCUAAAAUGUAAGUAUAAAGGCUCCACUGAAAAAUGCUAAUUUGUUUUCUAAAAUACACUAAAUUAUUUUUAAAUGUUUUUAAAAUUAACUACCUCCCCUUUGGGCUAAAAACAGUUUUAUAAAUAAAAGAUCUACUUUCCUUCAGUAUUGAAAAAGAUUAUGUCUUAUGCUUUUAAAUUUUCUAAUUAGGCUGUUUUUGUUUUAGCAGACACAUAUUUGAUGUAUGGUCCCCGUAUUUUCUGUGUAAUGUUUGGUGCUUUUAAGUAGUUGUCUAUGUGCUUUAGUGAAUUUGGGACAUGUGGUCUCAAAACUACUUGUCACAUGAAAAAUAUGAUCUCUGAAGAGUGCUCUUUAUGAUGAAAUAAUUCUUUACAGUCAUAUUACAUACAAAUGUACAUAUCUGUCCAUAAACAGUACAAAUAUGGGAAAGUAUGUGUCUAUAGAACAAAACUGAAUAACAAACCUGUAAUCAUAAUGAAUUUGUGUUGAAGCAGUGAAUGCUAUGUAAAUGCUUUGAUUUAUGUCUGUCUAGAUAGCUUGAACUACAAAUGCACGGUAGCUCUACACUAUUAUUCAAAUAUUUGAAGUACAGUAACAGCAGUUAAUUAAAAGUGAAUAUUCAGCUUUUACUUUCCAACCUCUAAAGCACUGUGCAUGUGGAGUUCUCAUUAGGAAGCCAGCUAAUGUGCUUAGUCAUUUUUCAUUAACUUUAAACAACUUGAAAGAGUUAUACAGGGAAACCAAAGUAACCUUGGCCAGUUAAUGGAUAACAUAUGUCCUUUCUAAAGCCAUAAAGUCAUGUUGAAAUCAAGCACAUGUCAUGUUUUUAGGCUCCAUAUUUUCAAAGGAAUCACUACCUCUGUUUUUUUUUCUCCCUUUAAAAAGGCAAACAGAAGCAUUUUACUUGAAGUGUCAAAUUGGAAAUAAUUAUUGUAGCAAAUACAAAAAAGAAAAAAACAUCUUAUGUUACAGUUGCUUUUGUUGUAUGACAGCCUGUCAUGGAGGCACCAUUUCUGUUGCAUUAGAACAAUUAAAAUAGAUUAUUAUGGAUACAUAGUGAGUGAGGUGGGAUAUUUUUGUGUGAAAAAUUACAUGUCUUUUCAGUUCAUUGGAAGGCCCAGACUGGUGUGCUGGGCAUCUGCCAUGUU